AGGCAAGCGCAUGAGAAGUGGAGAACCUUCAUUGCAAUAACCCCCACGCGCUUCCGUGGAAAACAGGGAUUCAUUCACACGCCACCCUCAUUGAACCGCCUCAAACUUUGAACGCAUAUCAAAACCAUAACAAAUCCCCUGACCAGGUGCUUCUCCUCUCAAUUUCACCCAAUCCAAGAAACACACGUUCUUCUUCUUCUUCUUCAAUGGCUUUUUCUAAUGCCGACUAUGGUUCUAACUCAUACGCUGCUUCUGCCCCAUCCCUGCCCGACUCCCCUGAGCACCAAGAACAAGAAUAUUACAGCACCACCUUUUCAAAUGAUCCUCCUCCUCCUGCGGCCAGAAAUUACUACUACGGGAACAGCAAGCCUUUCUCACAAUACGGGCGUAGUUACGCCCGUAGUUACGGCCAUAGUUACGCCCGUAGAUACGAGGGCCCGUCUCCUUCUUCAUAUGGGGAAUCGGGAGGGGAUUUUCCACCGGGAACCGACCCGGCUGUGAUUAGCAGCUUUCAGAUGGUGGAUAAGGACAGGAGUGGCUUCAUUGAUGACAAUGAAUUGCAACUAGCUCUUUCUUCUGGCUACCAUAAGUUUAGCCUCAGGACCAUUCGCUUGCUAAUGUUUCUCUUCAAAAAUCCCGACAAUGAUUAUAUUCUAAAACUCGGUCCUCAGGAAUUUGCUGCACUCUGGAGUUGUCUUGGUGAAUGGCGAACCAUGUUUCAAAAAUAUGACACAGAUAGGAGUGGGAAGAUUGAUGUGCUGGAGUUGAGAGAUGCACUGUAUGGUCUAGGGCUUGCAGUCCCUCCUACUGUUCUUCAAGUUUUGACUUCCAGGUACGAAGAUGGAAGUGGGCGUCGGGCUGAACUCGAUUUUGACAGUUUUGUCGAAUGUGGGAUGAUUGUAAAGGGCUUGACUGAGAAGUUCAAAGAGAAGGAUCCGCGAUAUACUGGUUCAGCAACGUUCAGUUACAACGCAUUUAUGUCUAUGGUCAUCCCAUUUCUUGUGUCAUAUAAUUGACUCCUCUUACUGCUUUAGAUGUAGUGUUCAAAAGGUUGUACAUUACAUUCUUUUAAUUUUUGAAGAGCUGGCAUUUUCUCUUUGUUUGCAACAAACUUGUAUAUCUGAGUAAGAAGAGGGGAUGUUUAUUGAUGUUAUUGUAUUAAAAGUGUAUUUUGAGUUGAGUGUCAUGGAAUACAAUUCAUCAUGUGAGUGAUUGAUGUAAUUGUAUUAAAAGAGUAUCUUGGGUUGAGUGUAACAUUUUGGGUCAUGUGGACUUUUAAAUGUUCGGUCUGAGGACCUUUUGUCACAUUGGUGAUCGAGGCACAUAUAUUGUAUACUUGAACCUCGGCCGAGGUGUCAGGUUACAAUUCAGUUAGAGCUCUAGUCUGUCUGCCAAAUGUACGGCUUGGGGGAUAACUUCGCGUUAUCGUGCCCUUGAGUACACAUUUUUUAAAGGAGAGUUUCAAGUGGUUUCUUUCUUUUAUUGUCCAAGAGGGACUUGAUUUUCAUGUUAUGGGUGAUCAUCGACUUUGGUGUGAGUUGUUUGAAUUC